UUCCUACUAGAAGUGCUAUUGUUUCAGCCCCCUCUUCACUUUCUUGAUCAUCCCUCCUCUUCUCUUCCCCCCCCACCCAACAGACUCUCAUUUUUCUUUCAGCUUCUCAUUCUUCUUCUAACACUUUCAGGUUCUAUACUUCUCUCUGCUUCAUACCCAAAUCUCUCAAUUCUUGUUCUUUUUGGAAUUUGUGAUCUUUUUAGAGCUUGAAAAUUCUGUUGGGUUUUUGUAAAUUUGAUCUACUAUUUGGCCAAAUUCAACCGUUUGGGCAUGUGGGUCUGUUUGUUUCUUGGGAAAAUCGCAAGGACAAGGAGAUAUAAUGUGUCGGCAAUGGAUUCUUGUGUUGGGUUUUGAAUUGGGAUCGAGGAAAUUAGGUGGACAGCUGUAUGUGUGCAUUAAAAACAAAAUCAAAUGGGUGAGCUGUUGCUGAUCUGUGGGUAGAGAGACUUAUCACAUCAAGAUCUGUGGAUAAGAAGUUGGACAGUUGAUUUUGAUCAACUAAUUAAACGGUUAAAGGGUUGGUUUAGAAGUAGUUGUAGUGCUUGAUGGAUUGAAUUUUGAUCGGUUGUGGGGGUUGAAAAAUGGCUCCAGCCACCGAUACGCCGCCGCAUUGUACUGAAUUAGAUGGUGGGUUUUGCAAGGAAAAUAAUGUGUCUGCCAUGGAAGAUGAGGAUCCAGAAACAUCGGAUAACUCGAGCCAAGCUAAGGCCGGGAAGCCUCCAGCACCGAGAAACCUCUCGGUUAUGCGGCAUAGCAUGAGCCAAGCAAUUCUGGCCGGUACAGCUGAUGUGAAAUCAAAGUCACCGUCAGGUGAGAAUUCCGGGUUUUUACCUAUCUUUCGUUCAGGAAGCUGUUCUGAGAUGGGACCAAAAACAUUCAUGGAGGAUGAGUUCAUCUGUGUGGAUAAUCUUCGGGAACAUCUUGGUGCAGCUUUAGAUUUCCCUUCUCCUGGAGCAUUUUAUGGGGUAUUUGAUGGACAUGGUGGUGUAGAUGCUGCAUCAUUCACUAGAAAGAACAUCCUUGAUUUUAUUGUUGAGGACUCCCAUUUCCCAACUGGGGUAAAAAGGGCCAUUAGGAAUGCUUUUGUUAAAGCUGAUCAUGCAUUAGCAGAUGCUAAAUCUCUUGAUAGCUCCUCUGGCACCACCGCUCUGACUUGCCUUAUAUUGGGACGGACUAUGCUAAUUGCUAAUGCUGGGGAUUCUCGAGCUGUUCUAGGCAAACGAGGAAGAGCAAUUGAACUGUCCAAAGACCACAAACCCAACUGCACAUCUGAAAGACUCAGAAUUGAGAAACUAGGUGGUGUUAUUUACGACGGCUAUCUCAACGGACAGCUAUCCGUGGCACGUGCACUCGGAGACUGGCACUUGAAGGGCCCCAAAGGUUCACUCUACCCCUUGAGCUCCGAGCCAGAGUUGGAAGAGAUUGUCUUGACAGAGGAAGAUGAGUUUCUGAUAAUGGGCUGUGAUGGCCUCUGGGACGUAAUGAGCAGCCAAUACGCGGUAACAAUAGUGAGGAGAGAGCUCAUGCUGCACAAUGAUCCCGAGAAGUGCACGAGAGAGCUUGUCAGAGAAGCACUCAAGCGUAACACAUGUGAUAACCUAACUGUGCUUGUGGUUUGUUUCUCUCCGGACCCUCCGCCUCGGAUCGAAGUACCAAAAUCUCAGAGAAGGAGAAGCAUAUCAGCUGAAGGGUUGGAUCUUCUGAAGGGCGUUUUGAGCAAUGUCUGAAAAAAAGAAUUGUUUUCAACAGAUUGUACAGACUGGGUUGGUUGGUUGGUUGCGCAUUGUUUGGGGGGAUUUUUUCAAGUUUCCGAUGAUGCCCGGAACUGAGGCUGGGCAUUGCUGAUUCUUGAAGUGAAAGCCCCCCCGUGUAUCUGACCUUUUUUGUAUCAUUUUUAAGGUUUUCAAGUAUUCGUUGUCCUUGUUUUCAAGGGUACAAGAUUGCAUAAUUAUAGUGGUCACGAAUGUCUGAGUCUAGGACUUGAGUAGGAUUAGAAUGUCCAGAAAUUAGAGCUAGGUAUUUUACCACCAAACUUUGGAGUAAACCCAAGAAUAAGGGCGUUACUGGGUGAGCCAAAAAAAAAAAAAAAUGAAAAAAGAAAACAAGAGCCAUAUGGUGAACUUCGAAUUUUGAAUUUCUCCAUUUGAAUUUGUGGAGAAAUUUAUAGAGAGAAUAGAAAAGCAAAUGCAGAGUGGAAUAAAGUAGAAGCUAGUCAUUGUUUGACUGUUUAAAGAACUUCUGUUUGUUUUAAUUGUAAGAGUAAAAGUGUAACAUCUGUCAUUCAAAAUCAGCAAUUUAUGUGACCUUUUUCUGUUAUUUUACA